CACCAAAUAUUCGCCCCAUCGAGAACAUCCCCGUAUCCCCAUCGCCGACAUCAGCAGUACACGACGAACACCGCAAGCUUCCUUCCUUACUCCCGCUAACGAGAGCCCCACGAACCACCGCUAUUACCACCACCACCACCAUCGCUAUUAACAAAAAUGUCCAAGGUGUUUUUCCAGUGUGUCGCUAACGGCAAGCCUCUGGGCAAAAUCGUUUUCAAGUUGUUUGAUGAGUCGGUGCCAAAGACCACCAAGAACUUCCGCGCCCUGUGCACGGGGGAAAAAGGCUUUGGCUAUGCAGGCUCCACGUUCCAUCGUAUCAUCCCCGACUUCAUGAUCCAAGGCGGUGACUUCACCAACCACAAUGGAACCGGUGGAAAGUCCAUUUACGGAAAGUACUUCCCCGACGAGAACUUCAAGCACAAGCACGACCGUGUUGGCUUGUUGUCCAUGGCUAACGCCGGCCGAAACACCAAUGGCUCCCAAUUUUUCAUUACAACCACCAUUUGCGACUGGCUCGAUGGCAAGCACGUCGUCUUCGGCGAGGUUGAAGAGGGCAUGGACGUCGUCCGCGCCAUCGAGUCCCUGGGCUCCCCUAGUGGUCAGCCUCAGUGCAAGGUCGAGAUCGAAAAGUGCGGUGAAGUGAAGCAGUAAGUAGGCUAGACAGGCACUCUGUAGUAUCAAUGAAUCGAGGAGGAACCCGAGGUUUGCAGCUCUCGGUUCUCUUUCCCUUCC